AAUCGAACGAAACCAUCUUUUGCUAAAAAACUCCCACAAAGGUAAGGGGUUGAGGAAAAUGUUUAGGUGUUUGCUUCUUUCCCCUACGCUGACCCAGACUAUUCAACUAGAAGCCUCCUUUGUAGAUGAACCAUGGCUACAAUAUUGAUCGCUUAGAGAUCUCACCAUCAGACCCAGGCGAGUUAGAGACAACAGUCAAGUGAGUCAAUUGAAAGGUUGGGACCAGACAAUUGAGGAGGCCUUUGCUCAUACUUCAUUCAUGGUGGGGCCGAAUAGACCGACUGUUGGGAUCAGUACUGAAACACGGGCUACAUUUUUAUUAUAGAAAACUCGACCAUAUUGUGAAUCAUCUUUGGUCCGUGGUCUACAGUUGGUACUCCGUUACUUCUUUAGUCCAUUGAAGAUGCCUAGCAAGAUGAGGAACUAUCUUCAAGCAUGGAAACCUACCAUCUUCGCUGCAGGUCUAAUAUUCAGUGAUGCCAUUGUUGGCAAUGCAAUCAUGGGAAACUUGAUGUUUAUCCUAAGAAGAGGUUUGGGGAAGAAUAUGGCACGCAAUGCAAUAGUCUUCGCUAUUCAAAUGAGCUUCACAUCUUUAAUGGCGAUUGCUGGGAGCUUUGUCGCUGAUGCUUAUUUUGGCAAGUACCGGAUGAUCAUGAUAUCCACCAUCAUCUAUAUCAUUGCACUAGUCAUUAUAUCUUGUUUAAUAUGGAUAGCAGCAGCAUAUUCUGUCUACGUCGCGUGUCUUCUAAUGGCAACUGGCCAAGGUUGUUUUCAAUCGUUGCUUGAAAAUUACGGAGAAGACCAGAUAAAUGCUUACUACGAAGGGAAGAAUAUAGCGAAGGUCCUUCACCAGAUCUGGUGGUGGACGUCUUCGUUUUUGGGCAUGGCAGUGGGCUCCAUCAUACUUCUUUGUGCAGAGGAAUAUGGGUGGAGAUAUUCUUGUUGGGUAAUUGUAGGAGUGAUGGUUGUUGCUUUUAUUUUGUUUUGGUGUGGCAAGUCCUCCUACGACCUCAAAUAUGAUAAGUCACCCAAAAGCCCCCUCACACGUGUGAUUCGUGUCUUUGUGGCUGCUACAUUGAAUAGGCAUCUUGAUUGCCCAACGGACAAAACUCAUCUCCAUGAAAAUCCUGAGGAGGAACAUAACGAUCUUUUGCCUCAUACUGAUAGCCUAAGGUGCCUAGAUAAGGCUGCCAUUCGUCCCAGCAAUCAAGAUGCGAACAAAAACACCAUUCCUCCAAGCCAACAGGAUACAGAAAAAAACCAGGAAGAAAAAAAGGAGACAGAAAAAAUCAAUUGGAGGCUAUGCAGAGUAACUGAAGUAGAAGAAAAUAAGCUUCUUUUGGGUGUGUUCCCUAUCUGGGCAACUUUAGUCAUGUGUGGGACAGUAUUAUCAAUGCAAAAAACAUUGUUCAUCGAGCAAGCAUACCACAUGGAUCGUCGAUUUGGAUCCAUAUUAAUUCCAGUCACAUCACUCUUCCUGUUGCCAGGACUAUCAAAGGCAGCAAUCUAUGCAGUUCACUUUCUACCACUUGACAGGAUAACCAUAUUAGGACAAGAACUUAUUCCCAAAUCACAGAUUGGUCUUGGGAUGUUCUCCUCAAUAUUGUGUUGCAUGACUGCUGCUCUAGUGGAGAAAAGAAGGUUGAACACUUAUAAAGGAUGCGACUUAGGCGUAAAUUGCCACUUACUCCAUCAAAUGUAUGAGGGAUUUGGAUACGGUGACAUCAGGAUGAGCAUUUUCUGGCUAUUUCCACAGUUUUUCCUGAUAGGAGCAAUGGAUGGAUUUGUCAGCUGCGGGAUCAAAGAUUUCUUCAAUGAUUACUUCCCUAGUAUGAAGAGCUUCGAGUACUCAUUCUCUCAGAGCGUGCUUGCAGCAGGAUACUUUCUCUUUGCACUUUUGGCUCUCAUAAUAAGUAAAGCAACAAGCUGGUUCGGAAAGAACAUGAAUCGUAGCCGUGCGGAUUAUUUCUAUUGGGGAUUAGGGAUACUGAGCUUUAUCAACUUGUGUAUUUAUGCUUAUAUCUCACAAAGAUUUAGUUCCGUGAAAAAAUGUAAAGAAAUUAUGGAGAAGGAACCUAACAUCGGCAACAGCAACAAAACUAGAAACGACAAUGGCAACAACAAUGACAACAGUGAGGUAACAACAUCAGCAGAAGAAAGAACACCGGCAAUAGAAAUAGCUAUUGUGAAGCAACAGGAAAUGGGUACUCAUGUCACUAGUUCUGAGCACGUCUGAGAGCAUCAUUUAUCAAGAGGCAAGGCAGGCAGCAAGAGUAGCUUAGCAUAGACUUUAUACUAGCUAGUCGCAUUUGAUAUUAAGUUCCUUCGAAUUUUCUGUAGUAUAUUCGUGUGUUUGGAAUUUGUGUAUUCAAUGUAAUUGUAAAUAAUAUAU